CAAGAGACUGCUGCUGGCAGCGGCCUGGCGAGGCGAGGGCCCCACGAGCGGCGGCCACCUCCGGGGCGAAUUGAGCUCCCGGGAUGGGGUAGGCUGUGAUCCCGACGGGUAGCCUGGCUACCUGGGCGGAGCCGGGCUCUCCCUCCACCGGGUACCGUGCGCGCCCCCGCGCUGGGCAGCCAUAUCUCCCGCAGACCGGCGCCUCCUUAACCCGAGGAGGCGGGGGCGGCCGCGGCCAGAGGGUGCCGGGGAGGCGGAGCGGAGGCUGGGGAGGAGCUGGGGCCUGCAGUGGAGCCGCAGCCCGGAGCAGCAGCCGCGGCAGCGGCGGGGCCUGGAGAGACUCAACGCCGCUCGGCCGGGGCCCCCCGCGCCGGAGCCCGGAGAGCCCCUGGGGAGGAAGCCGAGGCCCGGCGGAAGUCGGCGGAGGCGACCGCUCAGCCCCGCGCAGGCCCGUGGGCCGCCGCGGCCUCCCGUGGUAGUCGGGCCCAGGCAAGAGGAGCUGGGGCCUGGGGGGGAAGCCAGGGACAGCCUCCGGGCAGCCGGGGUGGGGGGACACCCUGCCCGCCGCCCCCCUGCCCCAUCCGCAGCCGUGAGGGGACACCCCGUUAGACAGCCCCACUCCCGGCGCGAGGGACGCCCCCUCGCCCCUCCCCACCCUUCGCUGGCAGGCCGGGGCGCACCCGCAGCCAGCCGCCUUCCCCGCACCUGGCGAGAGAGCUUAGUACUUGCCCCCUUCCCCCUAACCAGCCAAGGCUGGGCAGAGGCCCCUGACACCAAGCCCUGUGACUUAUCUAGAAGCGGGUCUGUUCUUCCUCACUGUGGAAUAGAGCCUGCUGGAGCUCUUUCCAUACCUGUUGAGGGGAGAGGCAUCCUCAGACCACAGAUUCUGAGGGCUGUGAGAACAACCCUUACCACCCACUCCCCCCUGCUACUGAGGAAAUUCCUCUCUCAAGCAGAGGAGACAGCUCUUACCAGACCAGAUAGUAACAGGUGAGUCUCCGCAGAAGAAAUUGCAUGUGCCAAAGAGAGGCAGUCCUCAAGGCAGAAAUAAGUAGCACCUCUAGAUACUUACCUAGUAAUUGUAAUCAUAUUUGCUCAGGAGGCAGCAGAGAAAGCAAAGGAGAAAAAGUAGAGCCAGUUUUAGAUAUUCUUCCCUUUUCCAGUUGCUGUAAACCACUGGAGAUAAAGGUAAUUUCCAAUACUGACCUCAUUCUUCUUCAUCCCAAGGAAGAUCCCUCAUUCCCCAAUCCCAGGAGGGUUUUCUUCAAAUAUCCUGUGCAAGGAGAGAAGACACACCUCCCAGUUACAGGGAAAGGAAAAGGCCGUCUUCACUGUUAAUAGUCACAGAGAUAGCACGAUUUUUUUCAGAGAAAGAGGUUUGCCCACUGUUAAGGACAAGGUGCAGCUAGAGGGAAGAAGAAAUUUACAGGUAGAGAGACUGAGGAAAUUGAUUUUUGAAAUAAUCUGACAAUCAGUGAAAAGGCUGCCUCCCAGGGGAAUACCUUUUUAGUCCUUAGCUGCCAGAAGGGAGAGAAGAUCUCCAUCCUGGGAUAAAACCAGCAGUUUUAGGGGACUGACAAUCCCACACAGAUUGUUUUAAUACUCAAGAUCCUGAAUUCAUCCACGAUCGCUUCGCCCUCAAAAUAUUUCUUGAAGAAGGUCUUGGAAUAUUUGACAGCAACGGUCUGAGGAUGGGCCUUCGAGAAAGAGUGUGAAGGACAGUACCCCAGAAACCAACACUGAAGAUAAGCCACCUUCCUCCAGAAAAUCUUCCAGACAGGCACUUCAGGAUCUUGGUUUUGAGAACUGGGGUGAACAGUUUGUGCAAGGUGCAAUACCUCGUUCCUCAUCCUUCUAAGCUGGUCAGUUUACUUGAUGUGAAGUCAAGAGGUACUCCUGCAUCCAGCAUCAUGGCCUCCGACCUGGAAAGCAGCCUCACUUCCAUAGACUGGCUGCCACAGCUUACUUUAAGGGCUACUAUAGAAAAAUUAGGGGGUUCCUCACAAGCAGGACCUCCAGGGGCUGCCCGAAAGUGUCCCCCAGGCUCACCAACAGAUCCCAAUGCCACCUUGAGUAAGGAUGAGGCUGCAGUGCACCAAGAUGGGAAGCCACGCUACAGCUAUGCCACUUUGAUCACAUAUGCCAUCAACUCAUCACCUGCCAAGAAGAUGACGCUUAGUGAGAUCUACCGUUGGAUCUGUGACAACUUUCCCUACUACAAAAAUGCUGGUAUUGGUUGGAAGAACUCUAUUCGUCAUAACCUCUCUCUGAAUAAAUGUUUUCGGAAGGUGCCUCGACCGAGAGAUGAUCCUGGGAAGGGCUCUUAUUGGACAAUAGAUACAUGUCCAGAUAUAUCUCGCAAGAGGCGGCAUCCUCCAGAUGAUGACAUACCACAAGACUCUCCAGAGCAAGAGGCCAGUAAAAGCCCCCGAGGGGCUGUUCCAGUUAGCACAGAAGCCUCUUUGCCACCUGAGGCCACUCCUCAGCUGUCACUACAGACCACCACCCCCAUUACUAACUACAGUCAGCAGGGUGCAGGGCCUGUGGAUGUUGCCUCUACUGUAGCAGGGGGGCAGGGCCGUGAAGGGGCUGAUGUGCCGUCCCCGCUGUACAGUGCCAACCAUGACUUCAAGUUCUCCUACUCUGAGAUCAACUUCCAGGACCUCAGCUGGUCCUUCCGAAAUCUCUAUAAAUCCAUGCUGGAGAAAUCAUCUUCCUCUCAGCACGGCUUCUCUUCUCUCCUUGGUGACAUGCAGCCCUCCAACCACAACUACUACAUGUACCAGCAGCAGCAAGGUCCCUCAUCAGUGGGUGCUGCUCCCCCACUCCACACUCCAACCCCAGAGGGUUGUCCAUCCCAAGGGGGGAAGCAGCAGGGUGGUGAAGGUUAUGGCCUUCCACCAGUGAUGUCCAUGCACCCACCCCCAAUGCAGCAUGGAGGCUACCACCAGCAUCAACAUCACUCGCACUCCCACCCACAGCAGCAGCCACACCAGCAGCAGCAGCAGCAGCAGCAGUCGCAGGCUUCAAUCAACAAUGCUGGCUUUGCAUUUCCCCCUGAUUGGUGCUCCAACAUUGAUUCCCUGAAGGAAAGCUUCAAGAUGGUAAACCGGCUGAACUGGUCUAGCAUUGAGCACUCCCAAUUCUCAGAGCUGAUGGAGAGUUUGCGCCAGGCUGAGCGGAAGAACUGGACACUGGAUCAGCACCAUAUUGCCAACCUCUGUGACUCCCUUAAUCACUUCCUUACCCAGACUGGUCAACUCCCUCAUCUGGUUGGCCCACAGCAGACCCCCCGAAUCUCUGAUUCUUGUGCCCUGAACAGUGGCAAACAGGAGCAAUCUAUGAACCAAGUGAACUCCUAUGGUCAGCCCCAGCCUCCCCAUCUCUUCUCCGGGCCAUCUCCUAUGUACCAGAUGUCCACCCAGGACUCUCCAGGAUAUAAUCGCCCAGCUCACCAUCUGGUCCCUCGGCCUCCAGGGCCUCCUCCAGGUGCCAAUGAGGAAAUCCCCGAUGAUUUCGACUGGGACUUGAUCACCUAGCAAGUUACAGACUCGUUAGCCCGUCCUUCGUGAAGGACGUGGGAGGGGAGGGGGACAUGGGGUGAAUGGUGCCAGCACCACCCUCCCCAGCCUCCCUGCCUUGUCUGUAUAUAGAUAUAUAUUCUCUAUCUCUGCCAGAGAAGCCACCGCAAGAUGCUGCCGAAGAUAAUCCUUCCUUGCGUCCUGUUUUAUCUUCUUUUUCUUCUUUUGUUUAUUAUUAUUAUUGUUAUUAUUAUUAUUAUUACCAAUAAUUGAGCACAGCUCUCCCCCGCCUCUGGUGGCCUCUGAUGCAUCAGAUCGGCUCUUUCAUGUUGUGUGGUGCCCUGUGGAGGGUGGAAAGAUGGGUCCUUGGUGCCAUGAAAAGACCUCGGAAGGCUGAAUCCUUGAGUGCUUCUUUCCCUCAUCAUUUUGCGUUUAACAAUCCCUCUUUCCCUUCAAGGUGGCUGGUGAAUCUGUUGUAUUGGCUACUGGAGUGAGAGAGCCUAGUGGACCCUGGGAGCCUGUAGUUAUGUUGUUUCAUAAAUGUCGUAAAGGUCAGGGGGCUAAAGGGACACUGGAGGGGUGAUCUUAGCUCCAUGAACUUCCUUGCAUGAGCAGGAAAAGCAAGAAAAUAAUUACAGUUUCCAAGCACAGAGAGAGGUUAGUCCCUGAGGGCAGGGGGAGCUUCAGCUGGGAGGGUAGACCUGAGUUUGGAGAAAGGAAAAUGUAGCAGAGAUGGCGUUUCAGCAGAGAAGUUUGGUUUCAGAAUGCAGUGCCAUCUGUGAGGACUGAAAGAGAUUCUGAAGGAAUCCUGAACUGUUUCUACACUGCCUUUGCAGUCUCCAGGUGAAGCUUACACAUCCAUCACUAAACAAAGCAGUCAGGGGUGUCACAUGUGAUUCAGCGAAUUCUGUUUUCCAGAGCUUUUGAUUUCACCUCCCAGCCCUUCAGGCCGUUCUUCAAAAUCUGUGGUGAGGCUCUUACUUGCAUAUGCAAAUUUGGAAAUUUUCUCCCAUCAGUAUUUGUUCUGUUGUUAUUCGGCCCUCUGCCCCUCGUAUUUCUUUGAAGACUGUCCUUGCCUGUGGUUUGGGAGUGCCAGCAACAGGAGCCUUGUUGUGUAGGUGCCAGUUCUCAGUCAGUGGUUCCCACUUUGCGAAUGGGCUGAUGGUGGGAAGAGGAAGCUGCUGCUCAGAGUGGAGGUGAAUUAGAGGACUUAGAGAUCAAGGGGCUGGACCCUCUGGUCAAGUAAGUGGGUGGCCCUCACAAGUGUGUUUUUUUUAAGAGGUGCAUUAGAAGAGAGAGGAUGAAGUGGGGGCAGAUUUUUAAACUGAACAGCCAAAGAGCGUUGUAUAAAAGGGAAAAGGGUGGGUCAGACCCCUUGUAGUUCAGCUGGGGAGAUGAUGGAAUCUAGGGUAAAUCCAGAAGGAUGAGUUUUGUCAGCACUUGCAAAUCAGGAAGGUGGAAAAGGUUCUGGAGCAGGAUUGAACGUUGAGAUGCCUCCUCCCCAAAGCUGUGUCCUGUGUUUCCCUUUUUUUCUGGUAUGGCUCUGUUCUGUCAAACCUCUUGUUUCCUCUUAAUAAAGCCUUCCCCCCACCCAUAUUCCCUGUUUACCAGUGAAGAGAACCAAGCUGGAAAUAAAACAUCAUGGCUAUUUGACAGACCUGGAGCAGGGGAGUUAUAACCUCUACUCUGACUGCAGGAGGGUAGGGAACUAGUACUGCUCUUUAAAUUUGCUGUAGGAAUAGAUCAAUUGGAUCUUUGUCAGGGAAGUGGACAGAGUCUCAUUGUGUUGCAGGGGUGAUGGGACUUUUUUUCUUUCUUUUUAAAGUGUGUGUUUGGGGGAGUGUUCAUCACUGAGUGUUUCCAAGAGAAAUUAAUCCCAGACAACUACAACAUGGAGUCAGUUGUUAUCUCUGCUGCCUCAGGAUGGGAAUGAUAGAGCUUGGAAGCAGGUGUGUUGGGUUUAUGUGGAAAGUGGUGCCAGAGACAGCCUCUGGUAGAUGCCAGUUCAUGCUUUGCAGAGGAUGUUACUGAGAGACGGCCCUGUAGAAGUCUGAAAACACCACUGGAAGGAAAACAAGAUGGCUCCUUCGCGUAUCCAAGUGUCCCUGAUUUGCAUAUUCACAUCAUUUGCAUAUUAAGUUGCAUCUCAUUUGCAUAUGUAAAUACAUGCCGGUCAGUGUGCAAAUUAGCCUCGUUCCUCUGCCCCUGAAAUAAAUGUGUGUUGUUAGUGGGUGGGAAGGCAUCGGGUGGGUCGCGUGGAGCUCUGCAGGGUGCUUGGGUACCAGCCUGUGGGGAGGGGAGGGGAGGGGAGGGGAAAGCAAGGCAGCCUGUUCUGGAGAGGGGUCCUGCAGGCCCUUGCAGUGUGUGGUGUCCCCUCCAGCAUGGUGUGGCCCCUUGCGCUUUGUUCCAGUGGUCAGGGAAAGAGGGGCGUGGUCUCACAAGUUUAUUUUUGUGCAUGCUUUCUUAAUAAAAAGAAAAAGUGAAUGUUUAUGGUUUAA